CAACGGAAGGGGCGAGCAGCGCGAAUAGGCGGCUACAGCGAGUGUCAGAGUGGUGUUCUGCGGCGGCGGCGGCGGCGGGAGGAGACGAAAGAGAAACGAUGCAGGCGGUGGCACGGGCGGCGCGUGGGCUCGCGGCCGCGGCUGCGGCUGCGCGGCCGUCGGCGAUGGAGGCAUGGCACCGCGGGCAGGUGCAGCAAGCCCGGGGCAUCGUGGUGCAGGUGAGGGACGGGAACCUGGAGCGGGCGCUGUCGGUCAUGGAGCGCAAGAUGCGGUCCAGCGGCAUGGAGCGCCUCAUCCGGGCGCGCACCACCCACCACGUCAAGGACUCGGAGAAGCGCGUGCUCGCGCGUAAGGCGCUUAUGCAGCGCGUCCGGUCCCAGGAGCUCGGCAAGAAGCUCCGCGAGAUCCUCAUCAAGAAGAUCAGGGGACAGUGAGGGCAUCAGGACAUUGGCCGUUUACCGGUAGCAUUUGUGUGUGGGUGCUCCGUUUUGAGCGUUUAGCGAUGCGUGAUACUUCAUUGAUGGAUCUGUGGCGCAGCUUGAGAAUAACUCAACCGUGACCUUGAGCAAAAAAGCUUUUGCUAUAUUAUUGCAUGGAUGACAGUUUGAUGGUAAAACUAAUUGCUUUUUUUUAUUGUACAACUUAGUAUCUACUAUGUGGAUUUUAUUGCUGUUGGUGCUUGACUUAUGUGCGUGCAAAUGCUGUAUGAACAAAGUGUGGCAAUGCUUCAACCAUGGUACACGAGAUGACUGGAAGAAAGCAGAAA